UAAGAAAAAAAAAGAAAAAGACGAGUGUUCGUGAAACUGAGGUUUAGGAGAGAUGUGAGAGGAAAUCUCGCCGGACGUAGUUGAGAUUCUUGUUCGCUUCGGCUGUGAAAGGUUGGGAAUUUGCAGAUGAGGUUCGAUUGUGCUCUUGGAUUGUUAUCCUUAUUGAUGAUUUUGUAGUUAUAAUUCAGAAGGAAAAAAAACAAGUGCAAACAAGGAUGCCCAGAAGCCUAUCUCGCUCGCCGUCGUAUCGGAGAAGGUACUCUCCGUCUCCUGUCGGUCACCGCCAUAGCAGAAAAAGCAGAAGAGACCGCAGCCGCUCUCCUUAUUCCAGGAGAAGAAAUCGUUCCAAUUCCCGCCAUAAAAGUCGUUCACCAAGUUAUAGGCGUCGUAAAAGUAGGUCUCCAACACCGUGGAGUCAUAGAAGAAGGAGAAGUAGGAGUAACUACUUGUCACCUUCACCCAAGUCUCGAAGUCCAAGCCUUCCAUCCACCCAGCGAAAAAGUGCCAAUGGGAAACUUAAGAAAGAGGAGGAAGAAAAGAAAAGGCAUCAACGGGAGGCAGAAUUAAAACUACUAGAGGAAGAGACCGCUAGGAGACUGGAGGAAGCUAUUCAAAAAAAUGUUGAGGAAAAGUUAAGCUCGGAGGAAGUUAUGUUAGAAAUAGAGCGCCGAAUAGAAGAAGGUCGAAAGAGGUUGUUUGAUAAUGUUGUAGCUCAAUUGGCAAAAGAGAAGGAAGCUGCUCUUGUUGAGGCAAGACAGAAAGAAGAACAAGCUCGAAAAGAGAGAGAGGAACUGGAUAUGAUGCUGGAAGAGAAUAGGAGGAGGGUGGAAGAGGCACAGAGAAGCUUAGCUUUAGAGCUGCAGCGAAAAGAGAAGGAGCGGUAUCGAGAGUUGGAGCUGAUUCACAGACAAAAGGAAGAGGCUGCUCGGAGGAAAAAGCUCGAAGAGGAAGAAGAACGCUCAAACCAGAUGAAGAUGUUGGGUAAAAAAAGAUCUCAGCAGAACUCUUAUGGAGUUGGUUUAUAAUGGUAACUUCAAUGGACCCCUUUCUUUUGUUGCAUAAGUAAUUACUGAUCGAUUGUGUCCUGGAGUAUCAUGUUGUUUGGUAGUUGUUCUGAUGCCUUAAUGGACUGAUGAGCACUGGCUUGAAACUGAUUUCUGCCAUCUUAGAAUAUCGAUUGAUUAUAGUAAGAUCUAGGAAGUGCACCUAUGAGAAUGAGGCUAGACCCUCAGUUAUUUUGUCAUCCGAUCAUAAUUUACCACUCCAUUUGUUGGA